CGAUUGUUAUAUCGAUAACACAUGGGAGUCACAUGAUUAUGACCAUACAUCAGAGAUUAUUUGUUUACAUCGCUGAUUAACCUUUAAGUCUGUUGAACAAUUAAUAGAUCAUUAAUGUGUCAUCUUUACCGUCAUCAUUUAAAACUCUUAACCUCUGCUCGAGUCAUUUUCAACUUCCAACAGCAAUCAAAUAUAUCCACUGUCUUUGGAUUUAAAAAGCGCAAGAAUUACUAUGAAAUCCUCGGUGUUUCGCGAGGAGCUGAUAAAAAGGAAAUUAAAAAGAAUUACAUAAAGCUUGCUAAGUUAUAUCAUCCAGAUUCUACAUCAUCUAAAACUGCCAGCCCUGAAAAAUUUCAAGAGCUACUGGAAGCUUAUCAAGUAUUGACUGAUGAUGAAAAAAGGGCGAAAUAUGAUGCCGAAGUUUUAAACGACUUGAGUUCUGAAUAUCAGAAACACGAGAGUGCAAAAGACUUUAGUUUUAUGAGAAAUACUGUUAAUGCUGAAUCUUUAUUUCGAAAUAUUUUUGGUGAUAUUGAAAAUCCCUAUGCAAAUAACCAGGUCCCAAAAGAAGAAAAAUUUGCCGGAACGAUUUGGGGCUUUGAAAGCGCUGAAUCUUUGAUCAUACCAUUGACUAUUGAGCAAGCCGCUAAAGGCUGCAAACAUGAAAUGGAGAUACGAACAAUCGAUACUUGUUACAUGUGUGACGGAGCAAGAUCAGCCUAUGGGUUUCGCGCCACUUUAUGCCCGUUUUGCGAUGAAAAUGGCCUGGAAACCAUCUCAACUGAGCCUGUUGUUUGUAAAAUAAAGUGUAGAGCUUGUGGAGGAAGUCGUGAAUACAUAAGACACCUUUGUCCAGAUUGCGAAGGAAAAGGCUACCAAGUGCAACAAAAAAUGGCCUCUUUUAAUAUUCCCCCUGGAGUAAGAGAUGGUGAGGUCUUGAAACUAGUCAUUAGAGAUCAAACCAUUUUAAUAACAUGUAGAAUUAAACCUGAUGAUUAUUUUAGUUUGCAAGGUUAUGAUAUUCACACUCAAAAUGAAAUCAGUAUCAGUCAAGCAGUUUUAGGUGGUAAAACAUCAGUAAGAGGAAUCUAUACAACUUUUAAUGUUGAUAUACCAGCUGGAACUUCAUCGCAUGAUGCUAUAGCAUUUAAAAAUGGGGGCUGGCCUCAGGAUGACGGCUCUUAUGGUAAUCACAUUGUACAUUUUGUAAUCAAAGUUCCAGUAAAAUUGUCUAGAAAUCAAAAACAAAUUUGGCAGCAAUAUGCUGAAUUAGAAGAAGAUACUAUAGGUACCAUCGAUGGUAUAGCUAACACAACAGAAGGAAAGAAAUUUAUACAAAAAGAGGAAAACGUUGGAAUUUUAACUCGAAUAAAAAGAGCUUUAUUCGGUUAGCGAAUUGUUAAAUUAUAGAAAUUAUCGAAGUUCCUCAAUCUCGAUUGAGUCUAUAGGAUCAAUUUCUUGCAUCUGGUCCUUUCCUUAGCCUGUGAUUCAACAAUUGUUGAGUAUAUCAAUUAUUGGUCUCUGGGACCGAUUCUAAGCUAAAAUUAAAAUUGUGUAAUACUAAUUCAGAUUGAAAACAGCUAAUGUAAACUUGUUAUUUAUUUAUCUGUUGACACAAUCGUUUAUUAAAGUUUAUUUAUUGACAGCA